AUAAAUACGCGGAAUUUCCCUAUCACGCCCGAGAUAAAGAAUCGAGGCCAUCCAUCGCAAAAUGUCUUAUAAAGCUGUUGCACAACAACAAAUAUUAACCAUUAUCACAAAGGGAUCAAAACAUUUCUUUGUAAGGUAACCAUGAAACUCUUACUUCUAUCUGCCCUGGUGGCCGUGGCCCUCUCCCAUCCUCUGGAAGUGUCCGAGGAAGAUCUUGCCCAAUGGGAACUGUUCAAGGUAACCCAUGAAAAAGAGUACGCUACAGCACAAGAGGAGCUGAAGAGGAAGAACAUUUUCCUUGGAAAUCUGCAGUUUGUACGAGAGCACAAUGCAAAGUUUGAGAAGGGCGAAGUCUCCUUCGACGUUGAAAUCAAUAAAUUCGCUGACUUGACCACUCAAGAGUUCGCGAGCAUGAUGAAUGGUUAUAGGCGUCCUGAAGGAUAUGAAAAGAGUGGAGAGACUUUCGACGACUCAGAAGACAUCGAGCUUGCCAAGACCGUGGACUGGAGGAAGAAGGGAGCCGUCACCGGAGUAAAGGACCAAGGACAGUGCGGGUCCUGCUGGGCUUUCAGUGCAACUGGAAGUCUGGAGGGCCAACACUACCUGAAGACUAAGAAGCUGGUGUCCCUCAGUGAACAGAACCUCGUGGACUGCUCAGAUGCCGAAGGAAACCAAGGAUGCAACGGUGGCCUCAUGGAUCAGGCUUUCACUUACAUCCAGAAGAACAAGGGAAUUGACACAGAGGCAUCUUAUCCUUAUGAGGCUAAGGAUGACACAUGCCGCUACAAGGCCAAGAACAAGGGAGCCACUGACAAUGGAUAUGUUGACAUCACCUCAGGCAGCGAGAAAGCUCUGCAGAAGGCUGUAGCCAAGGUUGGGCCUAUUUCAGUCGGCAUCGAUGCUAACCACAACUCCUUCCAGCUGUACAAGAGCGGAGUGUACAAGGAGCCCGAUUGCUCUUCCACUAACCUUGACCACGGUGUUCUGGCUGUUGGCUACGGCACAGCCAAGAAGGGCGGCGCCUACUGGCUGGUGAAGAACUCCUGGGGAACUGGCUGGGGCAUGAACGGCUACAUCAUGAUGGCCAGGAACCACCACAACAUGUGCGGUAUCGCCACUGACGCCAGCUAUCCCAAGGUUUAAUCAUGUCUCUUUUGUAAAAUUCUCAAUAAAAUACACAAAAAAAAAAAAAAAAAAAAAAACAAUUUGUUAACCCCAAU